GCAACUUUAGUGUGGGCACCCGGCUGUGACAGCUUGCAGCUUCACAGCCAGGUGCCCACUGCGCAUGCGCGAGAAGCGCUGCGCUUUGUGAAUGGCCCCGUAGUCUUCUGGGACCUGUCACGUGUCCCAGAACACUACAGGGAGGGAGGGAGGACAACAACUUCUGCUUCCAAUCGCCUAGGAGAUCGCACGGAAGUGGGAGUGGUACCUGUCAAAUUCAGGUACCCGCUCCUCCCUGCUCCCCAAAGGUGCCAAUCCUUAAUGGGGAGCGUGGGACAAAAACUAAAGAGCGGAACUUCCCCUUUUGGGUGGAGCUCC